GGUCAAAGGACCGAUGUUGAGACGGAGGUUCAGCUCACAAACUUCUACUUCCUAUACACUCACUUUUUCUCAGACAAAAAUGUCAAAGACUUAUUUUCUGGUGGCAUCUUUGCUGCUUCUGGGGGAUUUUUCUUUUUUGCAUGCCUCAUUUUCUCCCAGCCUUAUUGAGGACAUGGCAAAAGUUGUCAUGGACAAUUACUGCUCACCAGAGAAGCUGGUGGGUAUGAAGGAGGACAUUGCAUCAGCCACAAGCAACACAGAGGUUCUCAACAUCCCAGAGGGUGAAUUACUGGCCAACGUCCUAAGCGAUGGAGUCCAAACCACAGUGAGCGAUCCACGGCUGAAGGUCUCUUAUGAGCCAAACUAUGUUCCUGUGGUUCACCCGGAAAUGCCUCCGCUGCCCGCUGAGCAGCUUGUUGCUGUUCUCCAGUCAUCUAUCAAGCUUGACAUCCUGGAGGGUAACAUUGGCUACUUGAGAAUUGAUCACAUCCUCGGGGAGGAGGUUGCUGACAAGGUUGGCCCUUUACUUGUAGAACUUGUCUGGAAUAAAAUCUUGCCCACCUCAGCUCUGAUCUUUGACUUACGUUACACCAGUAGCGGGGACAUCUCUGGUAUCCCCUAUAUAGUCUCUUACUUCACUGAAGCUGAGCCUGUAAUUCACAUUGACAGCAUUUACGACCGUCCCUCAAACACCACCACUAAGCUGCUGUCUAUGUCGACACUACUGGGAGAAAGAUUCAGUGUAACCAAGCCUCUGAUUAUCCUCACAAGCAAAAACACAAAGGACAUUGCUGAGGAUGUUGCCUACUGCCUUCAGAGCCUGAAGAGAGCCACCAUUGUUGGGGAGAAGACUGCUGGGGGCUCAGUGAAAGUUGAUAAAGUCAAAGUGGGCGACACUGACUUCUAUAUUACCCUUCCUACUGCAAAGUCCAUCAACCCCAUUACAGGCUCAACCUGGGAGAUCACAGGUGUGACCCCAGAUGUGGAAGUCAGUGCAGAGGAUGCCCUUGCUACCUCAAUCAAGAUUAUCAACCUCCGAGUUCAAGUUCCAGCCAUCAUUGAGGAAUCAGCCAGCUUGAUUGCCAACAAUUAUGCCUCUAAAAGUGUUGGGAUGGAUGUUGCAGAGAAGCUGAGAGAACUCCUGGCAAAUGAGGAAUUCAGCACAGUUGUUUGUCAAGAAGAUCUGGAGACAAAGCUCUCAGCUGACCUGAAGAUGAUUUCCGGCGACAAGAGCCUAAAGACCACCACCAACACCCCAGCCCUACCACCAAUGGAAUAUUCUCCAGAGAUGUACAUUGAGCUGAUUAAAAUCUCUUUCCACACCGAUGUAUUUGAAAACAAUAUCGGCUAUCUGCGAUUUGACAUGUUCGGAGACUUCGAAGAAGUCAAGGCCAUUGCCCAGAUUAUUGUGGAGCACGUCUGGAACAAAGUUGUAAACACAGAUGCUAUGAUCAUUGAUCUGAGGAACAACCUUGGUGGACCAACUACAGCCAUUGCGGGUUUCUGCUCUUACUUCUUCGAUGGGGACAAGCAGAUCCUUUUGGACAAACUCUACGAUAGGACAUCUGGGACCACCACUGAGUUGCUAACUCUGCCCGAGCUCACUGGCAUACGGUAUGGCUCCAAGAAAAGCCUCAUCAUCUUGACCAGCAAGGCUACAGCGGGUGCUGCGGAGGAGUUUGUUUACAUCAUGAAAAAACUAGGCCGCGCUAUGAUAAUUGGAGAGACUACUGCUGGGGCUUCCCAUCCACCGAAGGUCUUCCCUGUUGGCAAGAGCAACAUCUUCCUUAGCAUCCCCACGGUCCACUCUGACACUUCGGCUGGGCCAGCCUGGGAGGGAGUUGGUGUCCAACCCCACAUUCCUGCUGCAGCUGAUGCUGCCCUCGAGGUGGCCAAGGGCAUCUUCAACAAGCACCUUGGAGGGCAGCAGUAAACAGUGUACAGCAGAAAUCUCUGUUUUCGCGUUUGCUUUGGCAAUGAAUUCUGCGCUUGUUUGUGAGAACAAUGUAGGGUUAUUACAGAGUGUAUUGUGUUAUUAAUUCUCAAAAUACUUCAGCCUUGUUCGUGGUUUGUAAUGGAGAGGUUCAGUUUAAUGUAGUUAUGUGGACUAUUUUUUCAAAAUGAAUGGUACUGAAAUAUCCAUUGUAAUUCUUGUGUAAACGUGAGUAUUACUGUAUGUGUACGUAAGUACAUUUAAUAUGCUUCCAACAGUUGCAUUUCCUUUGUUAUGCAGUGUGUUCAGGAUGACAGGUGUAAAAAUAAUCAGUUUGAAUGUCUUAUAUCUCUUUUCUCUUAUAUGCAAAGUCAUCUCUGUGGAUGUAAAAUGCUGUUUGUCCUAGGCGCAGUACAUUUCACGUCACGUGGACCUACUUGGGUUGUAUCAAUUCCAGGGGUGAGACCCACAAUAAAAAAUUGUUCAUAAGUGUA